AGAGGUUUAUCCAAAACCAAAAAUCUUGAUCAACAACCACCUCAUCUCCCAACUGUCAAUCCACACAAAACCAAAUCGAAGAAACCAUCAAUGGCGUCUCUCUCCACCAUCCACCAUUUAAAACCUUCAUCUAUACUGAAACCCCCCCAAGAUUACCGCUUCAAAACGAGACCAACUUUUCAUCAUUUCAACAACCGAUCACUCUCGCUGAAUUCCGUUCUCUCCUCCUCCACAGAAACCGAGCCCCAAAUCCCGCAAACAGUCGAUAGAUUCUGGCAAUGGCUCAAAGACGAAGGGAUACUCUCGUCCAAGACCCCCGUGAAGCCGGGGAUCGGGCCCGAGGGGCUCGGGCUCGUCGCGACGCGCGACAUCCCGCGAAACGGCGUCGUUCUGGAGGUCCCGAGAAAGUUCUGGAUUAAUCCAGACGCCGCCGCGACCUCCGAUAUCGGAAGCCUUUGCUCCGGAUUGAAGCCGUGGAUUUCCGUUGCUCUACUUUUGCUGCGGGAGAGGCUCAAGGGGGACGACUCUAAGUGGAAAUACUACCUUGAUGUUCUUCCACAGGGAACUGAUUCUACUAUAUAUUGGUCACAAGAGGAGCUUCUUGAGAUUCAAGGAACCCAACUGUUGAGCACUACAUUGAGUAUAAAAGAGUAUGUGAAAAAUGAAUUUCUGAACGUAGAAAAGGAAAUCAUACUCCCAAACAAACAGCUCUUCCCUCUUCCUAUAACACUGGAUGAUUUCUUCUGGGCAUUUGGAAUGCUCAGAUCGAGGGCAUUUUCGCGCAUUCGCAACCAAAAUCUUGUUAUCAUCCCCUUUGCUGACCUGAUCAACCACAGCAUGAAGGUUACAACCGAAGAUCAUGCGCACGAGGUUAGAGGGGCAGCAGGGCUUUUCUCAUGGGAUUAUCUGUUUCAAAUAAGGAGCCCUUUAUCUCUCAAGGCUGGUGAGCAGGUUUUCAUCCAAUAUGAUCUCAACAAAAGUAGUGCAGAUAUGGCUCUGGACUAUGGUUUUAUUGAACUGGAAAACACCAGUCGUAAUGGCUUCACUUUGACACUUGAAAUAUCUGAAUCUGAUCAAUUUUUCGAGGACAAGUUAGACAUAGCUGAGAUGAAUGGUUUGGGUGAAUCUGCCUACUUUGAUAUCAAGGAUGGCCAACAAGCUCUCCAAACAGAAAUGCUUCAAUAUCUCCGGCUACUGGCGCUUGGUGGGACUGAUGCCUUCCUCCUAGAGUCUAUAUUCAGAAACCAACUAUGGGGAUUUCUCGAGCUGCCAGUCAGUCGUGCCAAUGAGGAACUCAUAUGCCAAGUAGUUCGCAGUGCAUGCAAAUCUGCACUAGCUGGCUACCACACCUCCAUUGAAGAGGAUGAGAAGCUGAUUGAAGAAGGGAAUCUCAGUUCAAGGCUAGCAGUGGCAGUUGGGGUAAGAAGAGGAGAGAAGAAGGUGUUGCAGCAGAUAGAUGAUAUCUUUAGAGAGAGAGAGUCAGAGUUAGAUUUUCUUGAGUAUUACCAAGAGAGAAGGCUCAAGGAUCUUGGUCUAGUUGGUGAGCAAGGUGAUAUCAUCUUCUGGGAGCCUAAAUAGAACACUCUCAAAGUCCAAAACACUUUUAUCAGUUGAUGCUUGUUUGGAAGGGAUGUCCCUUUCAAGUUUUAAGCUAAGAAUUUGUAUUUAUAUUUA